AUGACUACAACAACAGCCACUGAUAUUAGUUCAACAAAUACCCAAAGUAAUCAAAAGGGGGAAGGUAUUGUUUCCUUAACUGUUGGUAAAGUGGACGCUUCAAUCGCAUUAUUAACAACAGAUGAUCAUUUAAUUAUCGAGUUUCCUACUAUUUUGUUACCAGAAGAUAUUAAAACAGGUUCAAUCGUUCAAUUUAACGUUUCUCACAACUAUGAGUCUGAAUCUAAUGUUUUCACCAAAUUUUUAAAUUUACAAAAUGAUAUCUUCCAGAAAUACGGACAAUUGGAACCAUCACCACCUCACUUAUCCAAGCUUAAUGUUACACAAACAAGUUGUAUUUUGAAAUGGGAUAAUUUGAAUUUGGGUUCCGUGGAUUUGAAGUCAUUGAUUUUGUAUAAAUCAACAAUCAAACCAGAAAAUGCCAAUUCUGGUUCUUCUAUUCCUGAUAACGCCCAGUCUAGCACAGGAGCUGCUACUCACACCAAGAUGGAGAGAAUUACUAUGAUCCCUAAUCCUAUUAAAACCAAUAGUUUUAAAAUAUCUGGUUUAAGUGUAGAUACCAGCUACGAGUUUCAAUUGAAAAUGUCAACUACAUCGGGGACUUAUUACUCUAAUAGGUUAGCUAUUAAAACACACAAAAUGACCGACAUGAGUGGUAUUACUUGUUGUUUAGGUAAAUUAGAUACUACUUUACAAAUCACUGAAAACGAUAUUAAAAGUUGUUUAGACAGCAUUGGUGCUAAACCAUUGCAAAAUAAAGUUACUAUUGACACUACCCACUAUAUUACUAAUGAAGUUGAUGAAGUUGAUAACGAUCAAGAUGAAGAGUUAGAAAAGGCCAAGAGGAACAAUAUUCCUAUUGUCAAGCCAGAAUGGGUUAGAGCUUGUCAAGUCGAAAAGAGAAUUAUUGGAGUCAGAGGAUUCUAUUAUCAAAAUCCUGUUGGUGGUGCCGAUGAUAUGACCGGAAACUAUAAAUUUGAUAAGAGUUUAACCGAGGCAUAUUUGAGUAAAAUUAGUGCUGAAGAAAAAACUGAGACUGGAAAGGACCAAGAAGCGGUAACUGAAGUUCAAAAAGAGAAUAAAAUGGAAGAAGAAGAAGAAAAUAAUAUUGAAAAGGAAGACAAAGCUAGUUCUGGAAACUCGGAACAGGAGGGAGGUUUGGAAGAUAAAGACUUUAAAACAGAAGACUUAAAUGAAGAACUAACUACAGACAAUGAGCAAUCAAAAGAGCAAAAGGAGGAUGUAUUAAAAAAUGAUAAAAAAAUUAAAGCUGUGGAUUUAAAUGAUCAACAAGAAGAUGAGGAUGAAGAAGGCAAAUAUGAAAAUAUAAUUGAACAAGCUGGUAAAGAAGAAAAGUCAAUGGAAGAACCUAUGGUGGAAGAAGGUAAAGAAGGAGAACCGGUUGAGGAAACUAAAGAUGAAGGACCAGUGGGGGGGAAUAAUGAAGAGUCGGUGGGGGGAAAUAACGAAGAACCAAUUGAAGAAAAUAAAGGAGAAGAAGAGGAACUGAUGGGAGAGAAUAAAGAAAACCCAGUAGAGGGAAAUAGAGAAGAACCAGUGAAAGAAGAACCAGUGAAGAAGAACCAGUGGAAGAAGAACCAGUGGAAGAAGAACCAGUGGAAGAGGAACCAGUGGAAGAAGAACCAGUGGAAGAAGAACCAGUGGAAGAAGAACCAGUGGAAAAAGAACCAGUGGAAGAAGAACCAAUGGAAGAAGAACCAAUGGAAGAAGAACUCGUAG